GAAAGGAUGAAAAAGCAACACAGAUCAAAUGCUUGAUAAAAUUUUCUUCAAGCUUGCUAAAUCAUUGCAGUGGAAUGAAAGAAGAAAUUUAAAAGGUCCUCGAUGUCGAGUUUCAUUUGUGUUCUUGGUAAUGAAUUUGUUUGCUUUCUGUUUGUUUUAGUACUCGAUUUAGAACUGUUCUCCUUCUCUUAAGUUUUAUUUUCGCCUUUUACACGUUAUAAAGGGCCAUUUUGUUCACUAUUGCCUGAUCUUUAUGGCUAUUUAUUUCUUUUCAUGGGACAACCCGAGCUUUGCGAGUCACGACUCUAGCCCGAGGGACAGUUGAGUUUAAUCGUACUCUGCCCAAUCUCCUAGCGGCUCCGGAAUGUUCACGACUGAUCAUUACCAGUCCCCUGACCAAGAAACACUGCUGGGCGAGCUAGAAUAAUUGUCUAAUAACUGAACUAGCUCUAAUUACAGUAUGUUUUGCAAUAACUUAGGCACCAUCAAGACCAUUCUUCAGUUGCAUGUAAAUCGUAUUUUUGCCGAAAGGCAGUGUCCAUAGCCAAGAAAUCAAGUAUAAUAAGCAUCCCUAAUUAGCAGUUUCAAAAAUAUCGGUGACGUCUUUUUAACUUUGACAGUGUAAGUGGCCUUAAGUCCCAGAAGAAUUAAAUCAUUGACUAUUUGAAAAAGCAUUUGUUUCACUCAAUGAGGCUGCUGCGAAAGAUCGAUAGCGGCACAGGUUGCAAACUGUCUUCGUGAGAAAUGGCUGUACUUGUUCUUUUGUUGAUCGAGGUUAUUUUCCUUCAACUCAACGAAGCAGCUAUCCCACCGUUUAAAGAACAAUGUCUGAAGUGGCAUAAUGAAUUCCGUAAGAGACACCAGGUGGAUCCCGUGACUUGGAGCGACGAGCUCACCAGAGGAGCACAAAGUUGGGCUGAUAUUUUAGCACGAAACAACACAUUUAAACAUGCGGAAGGUAUAGCGCCUGGAGAGAAUCUUUAUUUAUCAGGCAAACCGCUUCCCGAAGAGACUUGCACCGAGGCCACAACACUUUUCUACGAGGAGAUUAAAAAGUAUGAUUUCAACAAACCUGGAUUUUCAAUGGAAACCGGGCACUUCACUCAGCUCGUGUGGAAAAAGACCAAACAGAUCGGAGCAGCACAGGCUGCCAGGAGGGAUAGCCGUCUGGUGGUGGUUGUUCGAUAUUCCCCUGCAGGAAAUUACGUCGGACAAUACAAGGAAAAUGUCUUGCCAGAGCUCAGUGGGGCCGGUCAAACUCGUUUUUCGUUUGUUUUCGUCGGAUUUGUUGUUGUUACUGGAGCUGCUUUUAAGACCUUUUUCUGAAAAGGAUUCGCAAAACAACGCUGUAAAACAAACAAGGUUUUAGCCAGGGUUUUUCACUUUUUGUAACUAUAUGAUUUUUAGCUUCACAAUAUAUGUCAUGUUAAUUAAUACGAAAUUGACAUUUACUAAUUAAUUUAAUAGUCCAUGUCUGUUAUCACUUGACUAUAUAGGUUUUUAAUAAUAGAAUAGGCAAUUUUUGUAGACUAUAUAAACAUGUGCGUGUCGCCUCACGAACCCUUAGUUGAGAUUCCACUGUCAUAACUAGCUAGUCACUGAAGUCUAAUGCACUGAAAACAUGGCAUAAAAUAGACAUAGAGUAAAUCGGAUGACUGAAAAAAAGGAUCUUUUCUUUUGAAAAGUACUCUCUUAAGAACAUAGGAUAGAUCGAAGAAGUACAAAAUUUUGAUAUCUCCUAAUAACUGCUUUUUUCAAAUGCUCAUUUGCAAAGAAUGGUUGUGGAGUUGAGCUUGUUCCGUUUGAUCUCUUAUGUUGGAAAUGUUAAGUCAUUUUGAUGUGCUAAUAAAUAAUCCGAUUGUUCUAGUUUUAUUUAGUCUGCCCAGAUCACCCGCAUGCGUUUCAGCGCGUGUAUUCCACCCGCCAGGUUAAUAUUUCGCUAAGCUUGAGAUCUCGACGAACUCAAAGUAGAGUAUCUGUGGACAGACUAAAUUUUAUUGUAUGCGUGGCUUUUAUAAAGCAAAACAUCCGUAGAUCCACGAACAAGCUCCUACCCAAAAAAAGCCCGCGAAAAUUUGAUACAAGCGUUUUGCUCUCUUCCCUUCUUUUAUUUUCUGGGACACAAACUGGAUGAGUUUACUUUGUGUUGUGUCACUGAUCGUCGCUUGUGCAAGAAUUGAACCAGACAACUACCGGGUCAGAAUACAAAGGUAUAUUUUAUCGCUGAACAACGUUUACGUUGGUGAUUUGGUUUGAUACACCUUUACAUGAGAAACCAAAAGGAUUUGGUUAAUAGUUUACGUUGGGACUGUUGGAAAAAGUACUAAAACGGGUUUUCACAGCUUGAAACUCUUCAGUCUGUAUUGUGCUGUCUUUUGUUUUUUGUUUCACGUUUUGGCCAAGAUCGCAGGGUCUACGUUUUACCCUACGAUAAAAAACAGCUAAUCUGUGAAAAUUAAGACAUCCUCAUCUCUAUUGCUGACAAAAAGUACGUCAUACAUAUAUGAAAGCCAAUGAAAAGCAAUGAUCUUUUAACCAGAAAGUUAUAGGUGUAAUUUCUGUUUUUCUAAUUACAUUUUCUCAUCUGCUAACCAUAUUGUCACCCAGGUCUAAGUUGAAUAUUUUAUAGAUUCUCGAGAAAUAAUCUUAUUAUUAAUAAAAGCUUUCGUUGUUAGGGCUCGUCGAUACACAGCUUUGUUAUGUCAUUGAAUUUUAAAGGUGUUUCAACUAUUUGAACCAAUAAGUAAGCAAAGUCGGUUUCUGUUAUCAUUUCCAUGAAUAAGGGCAUUGCAUUAGCACAGACUUUUCAGAAAAAAAAAGGAAAAAACUUGUAUUCAUUCUCACAGGGAGAUAAAAAUUCAGACCAGCCAAUGGUAUUGUAGCUACUACGUCAAAGGCGAUUAACGUGACCCUAAUAAAAUACUUCACUAUUUGUCGCAAACAGGAUAUGAUAAGUGGCCGAAAGUUGUUUUCUAUUUCAAAGACGGUUUCAUUUAGACCUCUGUAAGCCACCAAAGUUGGAAGAUGCAGUUUUCAUGGGCUCUCUUUUCCAUCAUGUCUGUUAUUUUGGGCAAAGCGCUCAGUGCUGAAGGUGAGUUGAAGGGUAUCUAGUGCUAAAUGAAGGAAGCAAGA